CUAGCACAAUGUUUGAAGACGAACUGGCACUCUUUGAUAAAAGCAUAAAUGAAUUUGGAGAUAGGUUCAGAAACAGCCUCAGUGACAAUCCUAGUCAGGUGCUGGGGCUUCGAGAUGCCUUCAGGGACUCCAUCAGAGCCCUUUCAGAAAAGCUGUCUUUGAAACUCAAGGAAGAAGAGAGGAUGAUGGAGAUGUUUCAAGAAUAUCAAAAUCAACUCUGUAAGCAGAAUAAGCUCAUUCAAGAAAAGAAAGAUAACCUGUUAAAGAUGAUUGACAAAGUAAAAGGCAAGAAGCAAGAAUUGGAAGUGUUGAUGUCAAAUAUCCGGGACCUUAAGGAAGAGUAUUCUAGGAAGAAGGAAACCAUUUCUACUGCUAACAAAGCUAAUGAAGAGAAAUUGAAACGGUUGCAGAAAUCAGCGGACAUGUACAGAGAUCACCUUGGACUAGAAAUUAGGAAGGUUCAUGGUGAUAAAUUGCAGUUUAUAUUCACUAGUAUUGAUCCUAAGAAUCCUGAGAGCCCAUAUAUGUUUUCCCUAAGCCUGAAUGAAGCUAGAGAUUAUGAAGUGUCUGACUGCUCACCUUAUCUUGAGUGCCUAGCAGAAUUUCAGGAGAAAGUCAGGAAGACCAACAAUUUUUCAGCGUUUCUUGCUAAUGUUCGGAAAGCUUUUAUAGCUACAGUUUAUAAUUGAUGUAGAAAUUGUAAGUCACAUUUUGUUCUACUUUGUUAUUGUAUAUAACCUAAAAGAAUGUUCAUCUUUUGCCUCUCUGUGAUUCUUCAGUGUUUCUGUGUGGUAUGAAGGAAACUAGAAUUCAUCAUGCCAAAACAUGCACCUUUGAGAUAACUCUUAACAAAAACAGUUAAACAGCAGCAGAGUUAUAAAACUGCUGGGCCCUCCCUCAAUUUGCCCAAACAUGGGACCUGAAAUUAUAAAGGUGUCUAGCCCCGUACCCACAAAGAUGGAACUUAACUACUAAAGAGAUCUCCUACCACCUCAGACAUGGCACCAGAGGUAUGGACAAUAUUCCUGUAAAUUUAUUCUCCAUAAUUCCCUAUCUGUGGAAGCCAAAGCCAAACCUGCUAUCUGUCUUAUGUCUGUAAAAUCCAGCUGUUCUCUGUUGAAGAUGCUGUGUAAAUGUGAGUUUUAAGCCAGUUUGGAGUUCUGUUAAUUUCUCCUGUACAGUGUGCUUGCAUGUGUUAAUAAACUUGAUUAGUUUUCUCUUGUGAA